AUGCAACUUUUGAAGAAUUAUGACGUCAUUCGAGGCAAUCCCCAGACAGACACCACGGAACCGGCCACUGCUGAAAAUAAUGAUCCCCAGACAGACACCAAGAUACCGGCCACUGCUGAAAAUAAUGAUCCCCAGACAGACACCACGAUAGCGGCCACUGCUGAAAACACUGGUAUCACGACAGACGCCACGACAGACGCCACGACAGACUCCACGAUACCGACCACUACUGACACUGGUUCGGCAACUGGCGCAACGGUGCUGAGUUUUGUGACCACCAUGUUUUUUGGACACCUUGGAAGAAGACUUAUUUAAAAGAAAACUGUUAUUAUUGGCUUUGUUCCUGUCUCUUUCUCUGUUUACAACUAUUAUUGAAUAAUAAAAUCGAAUACUUUGGGCAAAAAUCUAUGUGAGAUAAUCAAAUUAAAUUUUUUUUGUUUACGAAGACCAGCUCAAUUACCCUUCAGGAAUUAUCAAACCCUUUUCUGUAUUAUUUAUACUGU